AGAACAGGGUAGUAACCAUGCCGCCUACCCCAUUACGAUCAGGAGAAGAUGUCUUAAAAGGGAUAGAAGAACUAGGACUUAAAAAGGUAACAGAACUUGGGGCUGAUAUUAUUAAUCGUCAGAUUAGUAAGUUUUCUGGUUGGAAGAAGAGAAGCAUAUUCUGGGAUUUGCCAUAUUGGAGUACCAAUCUCAUUCGGCAUAAUCUAGAUGUAAUGCACAUUGAGAAGAACUUCUUUGAGAAUGUGUUCAACACAGUGCUGGAGGUAGAUGGUAAAACAAAAGAUAAUCCCAAAUCAAGAGAAGACUUGAAAGAAUUCUGUCGACGCCCUAAAUUACAUGUUGUUGAUGGGAAGUAUCCGAAAGCUAUUUACACACUGAAAGAAGAGUCAAAAAAAUUGUUGUGUGAAUGGGUGAAAAAUCUAAAAUUUCCUGAUGGAUAUGUCUCGAAUAUGGGAAGGUGUGUGGACAUGAAAAAACACAAGUUAUUCGGUAUGAAAAGUCACGAUUGUCAUGUAUUUAUGCAAAGAUUGGUACCUGUUGCAUUCCGUGAGCUAUUACCCAAAAAAGUGUGGGAAGCACUUAAUGAAAUGAGCCUUUUCUUUAGGGAUAUCACUUCUACAGUAAUUCGUGAAGAGGAUAUGGUAAGACUACAACAAAAAAUACCUGAAAUACUUUGUAAAUUAGAGCGUGUAUUCCCUCCUAGCUUCUUUGACUCAAUGGAGCAUCUCCCUGUGCAUCUCGCUUACGAAGCAAUGAUAGCUGGUCCGGUACAAUAUCGAUGGAUGUAUCCAUUUGAGAGAAAUCUCCGAAAAUAUAAAUAUAAUGUUCGAAAUAAGGCACAUGUCGAAGGAUGCAUAUGCAACGCACAUAUAGUUGAGGAAGCUUCAUCAUUUUGUUCACACUACUUCGAGCCUCAUGUUUACACAAGGCAUAGAAAAGUGCCACAGAAUGACGAUGGUGGUAUGGAUGAACAAGAUGGAUACGAUGAUAAUCUUUCUAUAUUCACCUAUCCAGGUCGGGGAUUUGGGGAACUAAAUCGUAGAUAUCUUACUGAAGAAGAACUUAAAGCAGCUCAUAUUUAUAUUUUACUAAAUUGUAGAGAAGUGCAGCCAUAUGUGGAGAAAUUUAUUGACUCUCUUCAUCAAAUGUUUCCACAAAUUACGGAGCAGGAAGUGGACAGAAAGCUUGAUGAAGAAUUUGCAUCAUGGUUCACAAGAUAUGCCCGAGUCCACAUAGAUAAUCAGUUCAUCAAGGCGCUUGCAGAAGGUCCAUGUCGAUCAGCGAAGCCAUACACUGGUUAUAAUGUCAACAGCUUUAAAUUUCACACUAAAGGACGCAGUUUGUCUAGAGCAUCUAAUAACAGUGGAGUUUGCAUAAAAGGAACAAAUUAUAGUGCAGAUGAGAAUGACUACUAUGGUGUGCUUACUGAAAUUCUUGAAUUGGAGUACAAGGGCAGUACACCAAUCAAAAGAACUGUUUUAUUUAAAUGUGAAUGGUUCGACCCCACACCAAAUGUAGGAAUGAAGAUUCACCCACAAUAUAAGCUUGUGGAUAUCAAUCAUAGAAGAAAAUUGAGGAAGUACGAACCAUUUGUUUUGGCAAUGCAAGCGGCUCAAGUGUAUUAUGCUACUUAUCCUAGCUUACGACGUGAUAAAAGUGAUUGGUGGGCAGUGUGCAAAACAAAAGCUCGGGGUAUUGUGGAUAUGCCUCCAUCAUCUUUAGUGUCCCCUCUAGUAGAUGUUGCUGAGGCUUUCCAAUGUGACGAAGAUGGUUUAAGAUUUGAUGUAGUGUCCGAUAGUGAAACUAUUGUCCGUAAUGAUCCAAAUGGCGAAUUCAUAAACUUGAGAGAUGAGGAUGAUAAUUUAGAUGAUGAGACAGAGUUUCAUGAUGAAUUAGAAUCAGAAUCAGAUGAUGAAAAUGAGAAUGAAGAGGCGUACUAUGAAAGUGGCAGUGAAUAGAGUCAAAGUGCUCCAAUCUCUUCAAAUAUAGGAGUUAGAGUUACUAAAAUAUAGUAUAUAAGUUGAUUUUAUAUUUCGUCUCUUUUACCAGUAUACUUAUUUUGUUUUAAUAGUUCUCCUGGUUGUUUUGUUUGAACAACUAUUCCUAGUAUGAUUCUAGAUCUAUGUUUGGAAUAGUGAUGAGAUUAUUUUAUUUAUAGAAGUGUUUAUAUAUUUAUUUGCUAACUAGAUUAACACGUUUUUUCUUAAAUUUCAGAGGGAUCUUGUUCUUGAAGUGAUAUAUCAACUAACUAUCUAUUCUUGUUAUAAUUAGAUCAAUCACGAUUCAAUCAUUAUGAUAUUACUUCAUCCACAUUUAACUUUGAAAUUGCAGAUAUGGCACCUAGGGGGG